AUGCUUUCCACCCGCUAUUUCAGCAUACUCAUUUCCUCCCUUCUCGCCACCCACGCGACCGCGGGUGUGCUCUCGAAAAGGGCAUGCAAUAUUGUCGAUACAGUGCAGCAUACAUUUUACGGAUUUCCCGACAAUGAUCCCCCAGGGCCUGCCACUGCAUAUGACUGUGGGCGUGACUUCGUCGCAGGGGGGAUCGGCACCUUUGAGGAUCCCCUCUCCAUGGCAAGCGCCGAAGGGCAGUUCGAAGAGUGCGAAGUCGUAUAUGUCCCCUACCUGAAAAAAUAUGCACGAUAUGAGGACUACUGCCAGCAGUGCACUGACGACUGGGCACUGGGAAUACAUCAUAUCGAUAUUUGGACAGGUUCUCCGGAUCGAAAUGGAGGUGAUAGUCAGAUCGAAUGUGAAAACAGUCUCACGCCCGACAACUCACUCUCAAUCAUCCGUAAUCCAGCAUCAGACCUAGAGGUUGACGCAGCAGUGCUUUUUGAUCCAGCGACUGGUUUCUGCGACAUCAGUCGUGUCAACCCGACAUUCAAUGCUGGCGAUUUCUGUUGA